GGGGCACCGGCUAGAAGUUAGUUAAAUGUGCACCUAAAUCCUUAUCAGUUUGAAAAAAUAAACAGUUAACAUUACAUACGCGCAAGUAUUUCAUAAUUAAAUACCAUAAGUCGAUAAUAUUCAAAUUUAAGGUCAAUACUCGUUAAAUAUGGCGUUAAAAAAUAGUGCAAGAUUACUAAGAAAUUGUAAUACCAAAUUGAAUUUCCAAGUAAAGGCUGCAUUAUCAAGUGAACCACUUUUUCCUGGGGCGAAAACAACAUGGACCGAAACCCUGGAGUUUACACAAACAUCAAAACCGAUUCCGGUGUACCGAGUAAUGGAUCGAAGAGGCAACAUAAUCAGGGAAUCUGAGGACCCUAAUUUACCUGACGGCACAAUUUUAAAAAUGUACAAAGAUAUGACAUUAUUAAGCAUUAUGGAUAAAAUUUUGUACGAAUCUCAAAGACAGGGUAGGAUCAGCUUUUAUAUGACAAAUUACGGUGAAGAAGCUGCCCAUAUUGGAAGCGCAGCUGCGCUUACGAAUGAUGACGUGGUUUAUGGGCAGUAUCGUGAAGCCGGUGUGCUUAUGUGGAGAGGUUUUACUCUGGAAUGUUAUGGAAAUAAUGAUGAUAAAGGUAAAGGCAGGCAAAUGCCGGUACACUAUGGAAAUAAAGAGUUAAAUUUUGUCACAAUAUCUAGCCCUCUUACUACGCAGCUUCCACAGGCUGUAGGCGCAGCAUAUGCUCUUAAAGGCAAGAACCGCAUAGUCAUUUGUUAUUUCGGUGACGGUGCUGCGUCAGAAGGCGAUGCACACGCGGCCUUCAAUUUCGCGGCAACAUUGGAAUGUCCUGUUAUAUUGUUUUGCAGAAACAACGGUUACGCCAUUUCUACGCCCGUAGAGGAACAAUACAGAGGUGAUGGAAUUGCCGCUAGAGGACCUGCAUUUGGGAUUCACACGUUAAGGGUGGACGGUAAUGAUACGUUUGCCGUUUAUAAUGCCACAAAAAUGGCAAAAGAACUGGCUUUAAAGGAAAAUAAACCCGUGUUGAUAGAGGCCAUGACUUACAGGGUUGGUGAUCAUUCCACAUCCGAUGAUAGUUCUGCGUACAGAUCGCCUGAAGAGGUACAGUCUUGGGCAACAAAUGACUACCCUACCAAUAAACUGAGAUAUUAUAUGGAAAAAAAAGGUUUGUGGGACGAAAAUAAAGAAAAAGAAUUAUUAGAUCAAGCAAGAAAGAACGUUUUGAAGGCUUUUAACGCAGGAGAGAAAAAAUUGAAACCACAGUGGACUGAGAUGUUUGAGGAUGUUUAUAAAUUUAUGCCCAAACAUAUAAGAUCACAAAUGGAAGAAAUGAAAGCACACGUUGAGAAAUAUAAGGAACAAUAUCCAACAAAUAAAUUUACUUCUUAAUAAUAUUAUAUUAUAUUAUAAUGUAUCACCCAAUUUUAUAAAUCGUUUAAUAAAUGCUUUUUUUGCG